CUGACCUAUUUCCACCCCUAGCACACACCUUUCUAUUCUCCUCUCAACCUCGAAAACCAUGGCCUCUCUCGUCCGUGGAGCCGCAUCUCUAAGCCGCACUGCCAUUUCCGCUUCCAAAUCUCCGAUCCAACUCCUCCACCGCCGCAACUUCGCCGGAGCCGCAGGAUACAUUAGCUUCACUAGGCAUCUGGAAAAAGGUUGUGAAUUGAGUGAUCAUGGAUGACCUAUUCGACUCUUCACUGAAUUUGGAGGAGACCCAUUUCAAGGAAGGCUAUGACGAAGGCUACAAGGAUGGCCUCAUUGCAGGCAAGGACGAGGCCAAGGAAGUUGGUCUCAAGGUUGGCUUUGAGGUUGGUGAGGAACUAGGUUUCUACAGCGGUUGCUUCCAUAUCUGGACCUCUGCCAUCCGGCUUGACCCGAAUUGUUUCUCCUCCAGGGCCAAAACUACCAUUGACCAGAUGCAGGACCUGGUCGGCAAAUAUCCUCUCACGGAUCCAGAAGAUCUGCAGGUGCAAGAGAUCAUGGAUAGCCUCAGGGUCAAGUUCAAGAUGCUUUGUUCUUCUCUGCACGUCAAGCUUGACUACAACGGCUAUCCAAAUUCUUCCGAGGCCACCAGCAUUCAGUUUUGAACCAGCUUGAUCCUGCUAGACUGGUACCAGUGUAAAAAAAAAAUAGCAAAAUUUAGAGUUCAAUUAUGGACAUUACCCUUGUAAUUUCAGUUAUGUUCACUUAAAUGUAGUUUUUCUUCCAUCCAGUGAGACAUGGAUAUCUGUUAAAAGUGUGUUUGAGGAGAGAGUUUGACAUCAAUAAAUCGAUGUUUACUGUAAACAAAAUUUUCAAGUAUUUCUAGCAAUGGAAAUGGAAGAUUACCUUCUUAUGGCA